AUGGCAGCUUGGAGUUCAUCCCCCACAGAGAUCCGCUUUCUGUUCCUCAAGACCUUGAUGUGGAAUGGCUGCCGCCUGUCGAAUGCUGCUACAGUGCCGCGAGAAUGGCAGAACAUUAACCGAAAGAGCUAUCGAAAUCGGUGUGACGGCAGUGUCAGUACCUACCAGCACCUCGUGCGCUAUUUGUACCUCUGCAUAGAGAUGAAGGAAUACGACUGCUCGAAGUGCAAGAAUAAUGAAAUGCCACUCUGCUCGAAGCUCUGUUAUUUGCUCUUCAUACAAGAGAGACAGAGUCCGACCUAUUACUUGGUAAUGGAAUUUAUUCGCUCAUUGAAUGGAGCAUUGGUUUCACUAUCUAACCUUGAGGCCGACAUCACGACUGAUGACCUGGACCAAUAUCUUCAGAGAAGGCAACAAUACUGCGCAAGGUUGAUGACAAGCGGCAUGGGUGAAAUUCUGCUAGCCAAGGGGCUUUCCCAACAAAGUCAGCUCUUGAAAAGUUUCAUGAUCAGAUCAUGGCCGAUGCACCAUCUGAUACAGAUGAAGAAGAUUCUGCACUCGAGCAAUGUGCCACAGACAGAUGUUAGUAUUCUCUUGUUGUUGUUCGGUUCAUUCUCUGGGUAUAUACGGCCACCUGCUGCUUUUAUCAAUCACUUUUCGAGCUACUCGCACCUAAGGAACUGGAUAAGCUUGUGGUAUUUGAAGAUAUAA